AUGCAGUUGAGGAAGCUCCCUCCGAGAUCUCAGUGCCUUAUUGUUGUCAAUCUUCCGGAAGCCGAGGCCACCACUACCCAGACUCGCCUGGACCACGACCUGCAGCUUCUGAGGUCGCAGGUGGUUACCCACAAGCUGAAGGGAACUCCGGUGCAAUUCCUCAGGGAUCUUGAUCCGGACCAGCGCAGUAAAUUGAAAACUGUAUUAGAAGAACUCAGGGAGCGCCGUGAAAAAGGGGAAACUGAUCUGUGUAUACGGGAUUUUCACGUGCAUCGGAAGCGCCCUCAGUUUCGUUGA